CCUUGGCCGUCCUUUUGUGGUUGCACGAAGCAAGUGGCGACGUGAACUCAUGUCGGAAGCGACACCGCGGUAUCCGCUGCGCUCGCGGCGCCAGGCUCAAGCGCCGCAGAAUACAGAAGCGCUCGUCCUAGAUACCAAAGACAAAGUAGACGCUCCGAUGCCAUCGCCGACCAAAUCGCCAGGGCCGACGACGUCGAGCAACGCGUUUCGGACAAGUCGCGAGCACGAUCUGGAAGGCAUGCUUGGAUUCAAAGAGGAACCGCGGCAAAUCCUAUUUCUCUUCAUUUUGGUGAUCUCCGUGGCGUACUAUUCCUUCACACACGACUCUGACGACAUUGCCCAGAACGUUCGCAACGGUGGCAUCUCUGCUGCGUUCAUAUUUCUCGUGUACUGUUUUCUCCAGACGCGCGAUGGUCUUUUGGUCCGACCGCAUCCAGGCGUGUGGCGUAUUGUCCAUGGCCUCGCAGUCCUCUACCUCCUUCUCAUGGCUGCCUUGUCCGUUCAAAACGCAAAAUCUGCCACGGCUGCCAUCCGUGUCUUGUUUCCUGAGGUCGGCGUCGCCAAAAAGCCUUCGUCCAACGUCCCACGGCAACCUCUCGAGUGCGAGCUGAACAUGACGAGUUUGCACCGAGGCGUGUCGAGCAUUUGGUUCUUCGCCCAUGUGACUGGAUGGUGGGGCAAGAUGUGCAUGUUCCGGGACUGGCGGUUCUGUUGGGUCCUCGGCAUCGGGUUCGAGUUGCUGGAGUUGAUUUUUCAAUGCAUCAUCCCGGACUUUCAAGAAUGCUGGUGGGACUCGUUGUUCAUGGACUUGCUCGGCGCGAACUUUGUCGGGAUGUGUUUGGGCAGCUUGACACUCAAGUACCUGGAGACGAAGGAGUACGACUGGUCUGGCAAGCGCAGCGAACAGCGCGGGUACUUUAGCCGAGCCAUCAGCCAGUUCACGCCCUUCAGCUGGUCCCGGUACGACUGGGAAGUAUUCUCGAGCGCCAAGCGGUUCUUCAUGGUCCUCGUUGCGCUCUUUGUGUGCCUGUUUUCGGAGCUGAACGCGUUCUUUCUGCUUACAACCCUCAAUAUCCCCAAAGACAGCAAUCUGAACAAGUACCGCCUUGCUGUCAUGUUUAUGCUGGGGAUCCCCGCGGCCGCCGAAUACUACGAGUUUGUGACAGACCCCAACUGCUAUCGCCUCGGCCAGAACGCUUGGAUGAUGUGUUGCAUCAUCGUGUUUGAAAUGCUCGUGUGGGUCAAGUUCUCGGAAGAGCUCGAGCAGAUGACGUCGCCGCCAUUCGAUGUUGUCAUGCCGCUCGUGGCAUUUUUCGUGCUCUUUUCGCUGUGGAUGCUUCUCUACUUUUGCAAAAAGGGACCAGCUUUCAAACCGCACGUGUCGAGCUCUCUGGCCCCCCUCGACAUUCUCUUCUACGUGUCGUUCUUGCCUCUGGCAUACCUCUCCAAGCAAUGGGCAUACUAGGGAGUUAGGAGAGGCGUGUUGGGUGAAUAGAAUUUCCUUUUGUAACCACGAAUUGUUUUUUCGUUGGCA